UCCAGAUCUUAGAGCCCUCGCUAUAUAAUAAACCUUCCUAAAUCACUAUCUUCCUCGCGUUACAUUUUCUCAGAGAAAAAGUCACCGAUAACACCGAGAAACAGGAGGAAAAAUCACAAUGGCAACGAUCAAGGCCGUGAAAGCUCGCCAGAUCUUCGACAGCCGUGGAAACCCCACCGUAGAAGUCGAUGUUACAAUUUCUGAUGGCACCGUAUGUAGGGCUGCUGUUCCAAGUGGUGCUUCUACAGGAAUCUAUGAAGCUUUGGAAUUGAGGGAUGGAGGAUCAGACUACAUGGGGAAAGGGGUUUUUAAGGCCGUAGAGAAUGUCAAUUCGAUUAUUGGACCUGCUUUGAUCGGCAAGGAUCCAACAGAACAGGUUAAACUUGACAAUUUCAUGGUACAACAGCUUGAUGGAACAGUUAAUGAAUGGGGUUGGUGCAAACAGAAGCUUGGAGCUAAUGCAAUAUUGGCUGUGUCCCUUGCUGUCUGUAAAGCAGGAGCUAGUGUGAAAAAAAUUCCCCUUUACCAGCACAUUGCCAAUCUUGCUGGGAACAAAACCUUAGUGCUCCCUGUACCUGCAUUCAAUGUCAUCAAUGGGGGUUCGCAUGCCGGCAAUAAACUGGCAAUGCAGGAAUUUAUGAUUCUCCCUGUUGGGGCAUCUUCUUUCAAGGAAGCCAUGAAGAUGGGUGCAGAAGUGUAUCAUCAUUUGAAGGCUGUUAUUAAGAAAAAAUAUGGUCAGGAUGCUACUAAUGUUGGUGAUGAAGGUGGCUUUGCUCCUAAUAUUCAGGAAAACAAAGAGGGCCUUGAAUUGCUGAAGACGGCUAUAGCAAAAGCUGGAUAUACUGGGAAAGUCGUUAUUGGAAUGGAUGUUGCUGCUUCAGAGUUCUAUGACAGCAAGGAUCACACCUAUGAUUUGAAUUUCAAGGAAGAGAACAAUGAUGGAUCACAAAAAAUAUCAGGAGACAGUUUGAAAAAUGUCUACAAGUCAUUUGUGAAUGAAUACCCAAUUGUCUCCAUAGAAGACCCAUUUGAUCAGGAUGACUGGGAGCACUAUGCUAAGAUGACUGCUGAAAUUGGCACCCAAGUGCAGAUUGUUGGUGAUGAUCUCCUUGUUACAAAUCCUAAGCGUGUAGAGAAAGCAAUCAAUGAGAAGUCUUGCAAUGCUCUUCUGUUGAAGGUGAAUCAAAUUGGUUCUGUGACUGAAAGCAUUGAAGCGGUUAAAAUGUCUAAGCGUGCUGGAUGGGGUGUCAUGGCAAGCCACCGAAGCGGUGAAACUGAGGAUACUUUCAUUGCUGACCUUUCAGUUGGCUUGGCUACGGGCCAGAUUAAGACUGGUGCUCCUUGCAGAUCUGAGCGCCUUGCUAAAUACAAUCAGCUUCUUAGGAUCGAAGAAGAACUUGGAUCUGCUGCAGUCUAUGCUGGAGAAAAAUUCCGAACACCAGUGAAGCCUUACUAAAUAACGACUGAAGAUACCAAAUCAAGUAUUUUGCUGAGAUUUUCAUAAUCGUGUGUUUUGUCGAGAUUUUCAUAAAUAUGGUAGUGCGGAUGCACAAUUUCGCACUAUUUUUCUACUUGAGAAUUGUAGCUCUUUGUGGCCCCUAAAGGAAUUCAGACUGCCCAGUAGAGAAACUUUAUGGUUUCUACUAUUUUGGAGGGUAAAUGUAUCUUUCAGCUGGUUUUUGUUGGAAUGUUAUGCCUUGAUAAAUGAAAUUUUGAAUAUGGGGUUGCCUGCAAAA